GGUGCGGAGAGGAGGCUCCCGGCGUGCAGCGCGGCAACAUUUCCGGUUCCGUUCGUGAUUUCCCCGAGGCGCGGUGCGGCUAGCGGUCUCAUUGUACGUUCCCGCCAUGGCGUACCGCGGCCAGGGCCAGAAGGUGCAGAAGGUGAUGGUGCAACCCAUCAACCUCAUCUUCAGGUAUCUCCAAAACCGGUCCCGAAUCCAAGUGUGGCUAUAUGAGCAAGUAAAUAUGCGAAUAGAGGGCUGCAUAAUUGGUUUCGAUGAGUAUAUGAAUCUUGUAUUGGAUGAUGCAGAGGAGAUUCACUCUAAAUCAAAGUCAAGGAAACAACUUGGUCGGAUCAUGCUAAAAGGAGACAAUAUCACUCUGCUACAAAGUGUCUCUAACUAGAAGUCUGUGGUCAAUUAGAGGAUACGCAGGAAUUGGUGUUGUUGGAUUGGUUUUUGGUGCAUCUUUUUCCAUAUUAUUUCAGUCUUUUAUGGCAUUAUGGCAAUAAAUGGACUGUACAAAGGAUUGUUUUUAUUAAAAAAUAUUCUGCAUU